AUGCAAUACAAGACAAUUGCUCUCCUCUUUGCCGUCACGGCGUGGGCCGAGACAGAGACAGAGACAAGCCCAGCCGACAAGCUCACAGACGAUCCCAUUCUUAUGUCGCUCAUGGCAGUGCCCACAUGGGUUUUAGACGCGGAAAGCAGUGCUAGGCCCAGUGGAUGGGAGGAAUCCUUAAGAUCCGAUUUUGCGUUCGCAUCCUCUGUGAUGGCCGCGGAUAACGCCGGAACUUUCCCUGCUUGGUAUAGCAAUCUUCCCAAGAGUGUUCAAGAGUAUGAAACCACCCAUAGGGAGGCACUGUCUGCAUACGCGCAAACUGCCACCCAGGAUUGGAUCACAUUUACCGACUCUCCAACCACUGCUACCCCUUCUGCAACUGUUGCGACGUCGACCAAUACUGCAUCUUCUGCUUCGGGUACUGAUGCAACUUCUACAUCUACCGGCGGUGCCCCUGCUGUGACUGGCGAUGUUCUUUUGGGUCUCGCUGGUGCAGCUGGAAUCUUGGGCCUUGCGAUUGCUCUUUGA